AUGAAGUUGCAGAGUUUGUUGGUUUCUGCUACAGUUUUGACUGCUCUGGCAGAGAAUGUUGAAGCUUGGUCACCAAAUAAUAGUUACGUUCCUGCGAACGUAACUUGUGAUGAUGAUAUAAACUUGGUUAGAGAAGCCUCUGGCUUAUCAGAUAACGAAACGGAAUGGCUGAAAAAAAGAGAUGCAUACACUAAGCAGGCCUUGCAUUCUUUCUUGGACAGGGCUACUUCAAAUUUCAGCGACACUUCUUUGCUAUCCACUCUUUUCGGUAGUAACUCUUCCAAUAUGCCUAAGAUUGCUGUCGCCUGUUCUGGUGGUGGUUACCGUGCCAUGUUGUCUGGUGCCGGUAUGAUUGCUGCUAUGGACAAUCGUACAGACGGUGCCAAUGAGCAUGGCCUUGGUGGGCUGCUGCAAGGUGCAACUUACCUUGCAGGUCUGUCAGGAGGUAACUGGUUGACGAGUACUUUGGCCUGGAAUAACUGGACCUCUGUGCAAGCCAUAGUGGAUAACACAACAGAAUCUAAUUCAAUUUGGGACAUUUCUCACUCGAUCCUUACUCCGGGUGGCAUCAACAUCUUCAAGACUGGAAGUAGAUGGGACGACAUAUCAGAUGACGUUCAAGCUAAACAAGAUGCCGGUUUCAACAUCUCUUUGGCGGAUGUGUGGGGUCGCGCUCUUGCGUACAAUUUUUGGCCAAACUUAUACCGUGGCGGCGUAGGGUAUACAUGGUCAACCUUAAGGGAAGCUGACGUGUUCAAGAACGCCGAAAUGCCCUUCCCUAUCACCGUCGCAGAUGGUAGAUACCCGGGUACCACCGUUAUUAACUUAAAUGCCACUCUUUUCGAGUUCAAUCCCUUUGAGAUGGGCUCUUGGGACCCCACUUUGAACGCAUUCACCGAUGUGAAGUAUCUAGGUACCAAUGUUACAAACGGUAAACCAGUUAAUAAGGGUCAAUGCAUUGCUGGGUUUGACAACACUGGUUUCAUAACGGCCACUUCAUCUACUUUGUUUAACCAAUUUUUACUACAAUUAAAUUCCACCGGUUUACCAUCAUUCAUUGCCAACUUAGCUACCGAUUUCUUGGAAGAUUUAUCCGACAAUAGUGAUGAUAUUGCAAUUUACGCCCCUAAUCCAUUCAAAGAAGCUGAUUUUCUUCAAAAGAACGCAACCUCCAGUAUUAUCGAAUCUGACUAUCUAUUUUUGGUCGAUGGUGGUGAAGAUAACCAAAAUAUUCCAUUAGUUCCAUUGUUGCAAAAGGAACGUGAACUGGAUGUUAUUUUUGCUUUGGACAAUUCUGCUGAUACUAACGAUUAUUGGCCAGAUGGUGCCUCAUUGGUUAAUACUUAUCAACGUCAAUUUGGCGGUCAAGGCCUCAAUUUGUCUUUCCCUUAUGUUCCUGAUGUAAACACGUUCGUCAACUUGGGAUUGAACAAAAAGCCAACCUUUUUUGGUUGUGAUGCAAGGAAUUUGACAGAUUUGGAGUAUAUCCCACCAUUAAUUGUUUACGUUCCAAAUUCAAGACAUUCAUUUAAUGGUAACCAAAGUACAUUUAAGAUGUCAUACUCGGAUUCAGAACGCCUUGGUAUGAUCAAAAAUGGGUUUGAAGCCGCCACGAUGGGUAAUUUUACUGAUGAUUCUGAUUUCUUGGGCUGUGUCGGUUGCGCUAUCAUCAGGCGUAAGCAACAAAGCUUGAAUGCCACAUUGCCAUCUGAAUGCAGUCAGUGUUUCACCAACUACUGCUGGAACGGUACAAUAGACAGUAGGUCAGUCUCCGGUAUAGGAAACGAUGAUUAUUCUUCUUCUGCUUCCUUGUCUGCCUCUGCUGCUGCCGCCUCUGCCUCUGCCUCUGCCUCUGCCUCUGGGUCUUCCACUCACAAGAAAAACGCGGGCAAUGCUUUGGCAAAUUAUUCUAACCUAAACACCAAUACUUUUAUUGGUGUCUUGAGUGUCAUUAGUGCCGUCUUUGGUCUAAUUUAA